AUGAAUUCACAAACAGAAGUAGAGCAAUGGGAAGAAGCUCUUGACCUUGGUGAUUCCGAGCUCCCGUCCUUUCUCCGCCCUUGCAAACGCAAAUCUCCACCGAGGCCUCUGCAAACGCCGGUGCAGCAACAGAAUCCAAAGCCUGGUUUCAAUAGUAACACAAAGCACCACCAGACUCUUCGCCGCUGCAGCUCCUCGCCGGAUCAUUCUGUUGUGGACAGUGAUUCCCGCUGCUUAAUUCCUGGACCUGCUGGAACUGUUCAAGCUGCAAUACGGAGAAAGAUGAAUAAGGAUCCGAGAUCGUUUAACGAGCACGGAGAACCGAUUCCGACUCAAGAGUUUAUACGAAAGGCUGCAGAAGAGCCUGACUGGGAAGACAAGGAUUUCUCAGAGGAUCCCUGGGUCUCUGCUGUUGAUUACAUUCGAAGUGAAGGUUUGUUGUGUGGAAAUGCUAUUGGGACACCAGUGAGCGAGAUCAAGAGCAGAUGUGGUUGGGGCAAGAUCGAUCAGGUCGUUGCAGUCGUCAAAACUUGCACUCCAAAUGGUCUAGGUGAUGUCAUGGUGACUCUUAAGGAUCCUACUGGAACAAUUGAUGCCAGCGUGCACAGAAAAGUUAUCUCUGAGAGUGAGUUUGGAAGAGAUAUACGAGUUAAUGCAGUGGUGAUACUCAAGAAGGUUGCAGUCUGCGCACCUUCACGAUCAUCACGCUAUCUUAACAUCACACUGAAAAACAUCUCCAAGGUUAUCACGAAGGAUACUCCUGUAUUACCAAAGCAGAACCAUUCUGAAGCGAGUGCCAAGAAUCCUAAUCCAGUGAAUGAAAAUGAGGAAGAUUUGCGAAUGCAACCCAAAUCUUUUCCUGUAGAGCAAACUACUCAAGGAAUCAAGAACAGUCUCAGAAGAAAUGCCAAAGAGAGCAGUGAAGCAAUCAUUGAUGUAGAAAUGGAAGAAAGUAAUCCAGCGGAGGGAAACAACUCCUGGCUAAGAGGUGUGACCAAGAACAAGUUUGAAGUUAGAAUGGAGCAGACCCUCUUGGGAGAACAUGAUUCAGUCAGCCAAACAGAAAUUGGAGGAAGCAGGACAACUUCAAAGACUCAAGAGCAGCAACUGCACGAAGAUGAAGAUGUUGCUAUCGGGAUUGAUACAGCCGAUGACAUUAGACCGGCGAAAAAGAUCAGUAGAAGUCGUGAACCACCAAACAGUGGUGAGCUAGAGAGUGUUCUGGAGAACUCUGAUGACGUUACAUCAGGAUCUAAGGUCAAUAAGUCUCAGCCCAUGGUGUCUUCCAGCUUGGUGCCACAGUGGACCGACGAGCAACUUGAAGAACUCUUUGAUUUUGACUAA